CCCGGCAUUGGUCUGGUCCAGGUCUCCCCGCACGUGCUGCUGUUUCGCCGGUGUUUCAGCGUGGGGACAGCAGCUGGAGUUUCACGCUGACUCGGCAGAGUGGGUUCGGACGCGUCCACGGCGGCUCCUGCGGGAAAAAAACUCUCCACAGACGUGGACACGCUCCUGCUGAAGGGUCAUCAUGAGCUCCAAGGUGUGCAAGAAUUGCGGCAGCACCGCCAUCGAUGUGGACCACGCGCGGGGCAAUGCCGUCUGCAUGAGCUGCGGCUCCGUGCUGGAUGACAACAUCAUUGUGUCGGAGGUGGAGUUCGUGGAGACGGGCGGCGGGGGGUCGCUGGCUGUGGGACAGUUUGUGUCCUCAGAGGGCGGUCAGAGACUUCCAUCUUUUGGGGACUCGUACUACCCGGGGGUGGGCUCCCAGUCCCGCGCUCAGACGCUGCAGAGAGCCAAACAGAACAUCAACACGUUGGGUCACCAGCUGCAGAUGAACCAGCACUGUCUGGACACGGCCUUCAACUUCUACAAGAUGGCCCUCAACAAGCGCCUGACCAACGGCCACAGGUCGUCCCACGUCAUCGCUGCCUGCCUCUACCUGGUGUGUCGCACUGAAGGAACGCCGCACAUGCUGCUGGAUCUGAGCGACGUUCUGCAGGUCAACGUCUAUGUCCUGGGGAAGGUUUUUCUCCAUCUGGCAAAGGAACUCUGCAUCAACGCUCCAGCCAUAGAUCCAUGUUUGUAUAUUCCUCGAUUUGCCCAAAUGUUAGAGUUUGGAGAGAAGAACCACGACGUCUCCAUGACGGCGAUGCGACUGGUGCAGAGGAUGAAGAGAGACUGGAUGCACACGGGAAGAAGGCCAUCGGGACUCUGUGGAGCAGCUCUGCUGGUAUCUGCUCACAUGCACGACUUCUGCCGAACCGUCAAAGAGGUCGUCAAUGUCGUCAAAGUGUGUGAAAGCACGCUGAGAAAGAGGCUGACAGAGUUUGAGGACACGCCCACCAGUAAACUGACGGUAGAAGAAUUCAUGAGAGUAGAUCUGGAUGAAGAGUGCGACCCACCCUCCUACACCGCUGGACUCAAGAAGACGAAAACUCAACAGCUUGAGAAGCAGCUGAUGGAGAAAAUGCCAGAUGUUGAAGAUGAAAUAAAAGGGUACCAGGAUGAAAUAGAUGCAGAGCUGGAGAGCCUGAGGCCCAAACUAAAAGGAGUUUAUGCUGCUUAUGUUAAUAGAGACCUCAGCAGUGAAGACAUCCGCUCCAUGCUGUCUCAGCAAGACGACAACCAAUCAGAUGAGGAUGAGGAGCUCAGGGCUGUUGCCAGGCACUUUGACAAAGACCUUGAUACGCUGACUGUAGAGGCUCUGAUCAAACUGGAACAGAAGACUCCAGAGGAGGAGAAUGAGUGUGGGAUGAAGAUACCAGAACGAGUGGGCCCAUCGUUGGCCUCCAUUCUGGGAACCAUGCCUUCAGCAGCAACCCUGGGCCUCCCAGAGUCCAUCAACAAAUGCACUGGAGAGGAGAGGGAAAACGAUGGCGCCGCUGACAGCGGGGAGCUGGACCUGAGCGGGAUAGAUGACAGCGAGAUCGAACUGUACCUGCUGAGUGAGAGCGAGAUCAAAAUCAAGACGGCGCUCUGGAUGGCAGAAAACUCCGACUACCUCAAAGAGCAGAAAGAAAAGGAAGCAAAGAUAGCGAAGGAGAAGGAGCUGGGGAUCUACAAAGAAAAGAAGCCAAAGUCCUCAGGAAAGAAACGCUCCCAAAUCCGAGCGAGCACGGCGGAUGAGGCCAUCGGGAAAAUGCUGGAGCAGAAGAAGAUCUCCACCAAGAUCAACUACGACGUGCUGAAGGAUCUGAACAUCAGACCCAGCGCCAGCCCGGCACGCAAAGCCGAGUCGGUGAAGAGCGAGUCAUCUGGCGCCAAGCUGACCCGGCGCAGCACCAAACCGGCUCAAACUCCGCCGGGCCUCAGUGUGCCGCUCAGCACUCUGGGAAAAAGAUUGCAACCCUUCAUCAGCAGGCAGCCUAUGAAGAAGCAGGCAGUGGAGUCUCCCCAGGAUUCCCUCUGUAACCCGCUGCCAGCACCGGCUGCAGCCCCGGCCAGUGGGGGGGUAGUGGUGGAGAGCGGACCAGUCGUCUACAAUGAUGUGGCUGAUGAGGAAGAGGAUGAAGAGGAGGACACUUGUGUCAGUGCCAUGGACCUCCUGGGGGGCAACGAUUACGGCUUCGAUGGAGACGACGACGAUGGCUUCUAGCCCCCCCACUUCAACAACUGCAUGUGUUGAAUCUGUUUUUAUCAGACACAAAAACUCAAACAUUUCUGCACGUAAAUCCCUUUUCCUGACUCUCUAAUGUGACCUUCAAACCAGGAAGAGCUGCGUGUCGGCGCACCUUUAUCGUCGUUAUUGGUUUCUGGAGCAGCGUAUUGAUGCCGCCAGCGGUCCAGUGGUUUGGUUAAAAAUGGACCAAAACUGCAAAGUAUUGCAUUCAUAUUUGCCACUUUGCUAAAACUUUCUCUGCAAGUAGUAAAAGUCAUUUAGCCCUAAAUUUAGAAAUGCAUAACUUUAUAACGUUGCAUCGGCACUUUGCAUCCUCUUCUUAUUUAAAUUCAGAUUAUUUAUAAGUUACUAAACUCCCUGCUGUUUGCAGUGUUCUUUACCAUUUCUGAUGUAUUUGAUUGAAAACAUCUGAUAACAGAAGAAAAUAGUGAAACGUAAUUCUGUUUUUCAUUUGGAGGCUAGUCUCCCUCCUUUAAUGUGACUCAUGUAUGAAAACGGUUUUGCUUUGUUGGAUUUCAGUUUCUGCCUAAAGGUCGCGUAGGGUCACGGCGACUUCAUGCAGAUCCUGCAGUGUUCUCUUCCUCAGUUGACCACAGGAGUUUAGAACCUUUUUUUAAAUAUCCUUUUGUUGGGAAACGAGAACAUUUGUGUUCUUUGUGAACACUGACACAUCCUGAACUCUGAAUCUGUGGCUGUACCUGUCGGGGUGGAACCCCUGCAUGAUCAUGUGAGCCUCUGCUGCUGCAGUAAAGACGUGUCUAAAUGCACAAAAACCUUGUGUGGCUGGGAUUUAUUUCUCUAAAUGAAUGUGACUUAAGGUCUGAGUAAUUGAUGGGAUUGUUGGGAUGAGUAAAAAGAUGUUUCUGACAUGGA